UCUGUGCCGAGCUCUAAAUUUCAUGUUUCGCGCUUUCCGUCACUGAACAACGAACAGACAGCCCGACGUGCGACGGCGAAGACCUGAUAGAAGAUGGGCUCCCUCUCGACGGUUGCCGCCAUUGCCAUGGGUGCGUGUUGUCUCUCAUCACCAGAAGCAGCAAGAAGGCUGACUGAUACGUAUGGCCAUCCAUCUCACAGCCAUUGGGGCGCCGCUGGUGUAUGCGGACCAGGCGUGGAGCAUCGCAAAGAAGCGCAACGCAGAGGGCUUUAGCAAGGACGUGAGCGCAAUCCUCCUCAUCGCCAACAUCUGCCGGUGCUUCUUCUGGUUUGGCGAGCACUUUGAGUUUGCGCUCCUGCUCCAGUCGCUCCUCAUGAUUGCAGCCCAGCUCUAUCUGCUCUGGCUCUGCAUCCGCUACCGUCCCGGCUCCUAUGCCUCAUCGGCCUUUACCGCUGCGCCCUCCGAUGCCCGUUCAGCGCAGGGCCAGCCACCUUCGUUCAGCUUCACCGUCACCCCGGCCUCUCCCUCGGACGUACGCGCGCCCCAACCCGAGCCAGUAACGACGGGAGCAAGCAAUCAGGACCAGAGUAGCCGCGGUGGACACGGCCUGCUUGACUCGGCGCUAGGGUUCGGUGGCAGUCGGGGCCGGUAUUCGCCGCUGCUCUCGCUCAAUCUCCCGCCGCCUCCCACGCUCGCCCUCGAGGGUGAUGCAAGCACGGAAGACGACGAGGCGGGGAACAGUAGCAACGGCGGUGGAUCCCUGCGCCGUGCCAAGUCGAUGCUCAAGGCUGCCCUGUCCGUCGGCGCCGGAAGCAGGGCCGAUGGCUCGUCUGGCGCGCGCAUCUUUGGCUUCUGGACAUGGCCCCACUAUUCGAGGUGAGCAAACAGGCUGCUGCUCCCGUCGUCACCGCCAUCUUGCCGUCUGUCUUGUCUCUCUGUCAAUCAGCUGAUCGCAUGCCCUCGCACAGCUACAUCAUCUUUCUCCUCGUCCUUACUC